AUGGAGUGUUUUAGCCAUAAGGGCGAGAAUGUCAUCAUGACAUGCAGCGUCUGUGAAGAGAACCCAUUAGUGUGUGCUGUUUGUAUGGAGGAGAGCCAUGAUGGUCACAGUUUUGUUUCGCUAAAAACUGCAGCGAAUUAUUUGCGACAGAAGAUAGAAAAGACACGAUCAGAUAACCAACGCAUACCUGAGGAAAUCCAGUCCGACCUUGACGCUGUCAACAACCUGAAAGCGAACCUACAACAGGAGGGCAAUCUGGUAGAAAAUGAAAUCGAGAAACAUGUAGGUAUUAUCAAACGCGAAGUCGACGCAAUGAAGGAGGAUGCACUACGGAAACAUAAAAUGGCUCUGUUUAAGAACACAGAUUCACUAAACAUCAGGGAGGAAGAACUGAAGCGUCAAUUGUCAAGUGUCAAGCGUCAAAUACACAAAUUUCAGGAAAGAGUAGCUCAGAUAGAGAAGUUGAACGAUUACGUGGAAGUGAUCAAGGCGGGCAAGGACAUUGAAGUCCCAGAGUUCAAUCGCGUCCCCCUGCCGGAUAUACACAGCCUAACAUUUACACCAGGAAAUGUUGAUGAAGAAGGGUUAGGCCAUGUUUUUGGUAGAAUCAUGGACGAGACAGCAGAAGAUAUUUGCUCUUCAGAAUCAAGUGACGUUGAUGUUGCGACAACAAGUUCGAAGAAGAUUUUUGUAAAAGUAACGCUAGUUACGUCUUUCAAACCUUCUAAAAAUGAUGCUAUUGGUGUCGUGUGCUGUCCUGAAGCAGGCAACUGUUUGAUAAAAUACCAAGAUAAAAACAGCGUUAAACUGUUGAACAGAUCAAGACAAAUUGAACACUCUAUUAAUUUAGGUACACAGACCAGUGGUUUUACGGUAACUUCAAACAACCGGCUAUUGUUCUGUUGUACAACUCAGGAAUGUAUCAAGGAAAUGGAAUUGCCGGAUGGUGAUAUCUUUGGGAAAAUUGAUACCAGUCCUCUUACACCGAACUACGUAUGUACAGGUCCAUCUGGCCAUAUUUAUGUGACGCUGUAUGACGAGGAUGACUACGAGGUAACAGAAGACAGCACACGUGUACUGAUUCAGUACGACAGGUGGGGAGGAGAAAAUGGCCGUUGUGAGAGGAAUCAGUUUGACAAAAACAUAUUUGUUGUACCCGAGGAAGUCUCUGUAAACCAGGACGAGACAAAAGUAGCAGUUAUCAACCGCAUUAGUGACAAUAGACGAGACCUGAUCCUCCUGGACAAGGAUCUGUCCCCUAUGUUGGUCUAUACAGGACCUAGCGUUCUAACCGGCAACUCGUUACAAGGAUUUGAAGUCUAUAGUGCCGCGUUUGAUACAAAAGAUAACAUUGUGGUUGCUGAGCAUUACAGCGGAACUGUGCAGUUGCUAAGUCCAUCUUGUGAACCACUACAGGUCUUGGUACGAAGUCCAAACCUAUGUGUCAUGACUGCUCAUCAGAACGAGGUGUGGAUCGGAGACGAUGAAGGAAAUGUGGGGACUUUCAGGUAUUUUUACGAAACGGUAAGUGGUAUGCUGGAUCAAAAUUCUCGCGUGAAAGAAUGA